CUCUUCCUUGAUCGUCGAUCGUCCCGCUUGUUUUGGUCGGGGUCAUUUGAACACCUAGGUGUUCCUCCCUGUCAGCAUGGAUCCGAGGGAUCGUUCAAAGGAAUACCGCGACCCGCAAGUUCGCGUGAAGGAUUGGAAACUUACAGCCGAGCCGCAGAAGUACGAGUUAGCUCGAUCAUACUACCACUCGCCCGCGGAUGAGGACUACUUCUACAAAAUACGCGCCGUAGCCAAGCAUGUAACAAUGGUCAGCUUCGGCUCGGGCAUGCUGUACGAACACUUGCGAAGACAGGAAAAGAGGAUCUUCCCGCUCCUGGGUGCCGGCGUCAUCGCCCUUGUUCCUGCCUACAUUGCGACUGGUAUCUUCAUGGCCACAAACGCCGCGCUUGCAAAGAUCAGGGGCGAAGAUCGUGCUCUGAACCAUUUCGCUGGUGGCUUCUUGGCCACUUAUUACCUGUUGGCCCAGCUGAAAUUUAGAGCGAAGAGCCCCCUCUCUCUAUUCAUGGGCGUUGCUGCGGCCCGUAUGAAAUACACGAGGAACAUCGAGAUCACCGAAGGCAGGAUGAUGUUCAAUCCUUGGGACAGGAUCAAUGUUAUCAGAAUGGAACCGAGUCCUCUCACGCACUUCCUGAGAUUCCCGACACUCCGCAAAAUGCCAUCGGAAACCCCGGAGGCCUAGUUUCACCGUUUAUGAGAGAAUGAAUAAAACUUCUGUAAUA